GGUUAUCUUUAUUUAUAUGUCGCCUGCAAGUCUGCAACAUAUCAAACAUUCAUACCGGUCUCUCAGGAGUCAGGAAGGUGAACACCCAAUCUCCCCUACUCUCCUCCCUUUUCAAUCCAUCGGAGAAACUUGCUUGUGAGGUUUGCUUGCUUGAGGCUGGACGAUGCUAUACAUGCUUCAGAAGUUGCUCAAAGACUUGGUUUCUACCUAGUGCAUGACCUUUAAAUUGGGCAACUUUUAUGACAAUGGGAACUCCUUACCGCAGUGGUGGUCUUAGAAAAUCACAUGAUAGUGCCAGACUUAUUAUAACAACAAUAAUGGGAAUGGUGUUUGGAUAUUUUAUAGGCAUGUCCUUUCCAUUUGUCUCUUUAGCGAAGAUUAACUUACCUUCAAGCCUUAUGUCAUCUCAUGAUGUAGCCAUAGUCAGUGAGGAGCAUCAAAAUUUUGCUAGUCGUAGUUUUCCUGAAAACCUUGGUUCGGGUAGCACUCCCAUAACACCUAAGAUCUUUGUACCUACCAAUCCCCGUGGUGCAGAGUCCUUGCCACCAGGAAUUGUAGUCGCAGAAUCUGAUUUUUAUCUACGAAGAUUAUGGGGUGAUCCACAUGAGGAUCUGAUAAGGAAACCGAAGUACUUGGUCACCUUUACAGUUGGUUGGGACCAGAGGAACAAUAUCAAUGCAGCGGUUAAAAAGUUUUCGGAAGAUUUUCAAAUAAUGCUUUUCCAUUAUGAUGGUCGGACAACUGAAUGGGAUCAGUUUGAGUGGUCAAAGCAUGCAAUUCAUGUUAGUAUUAAAAAGCAGACAAAAUGGUGGUAUGCAAAGCGGUUUUUGCACCCUGAUGUCGUAGCUGCUUAUGAUUACAUAUUUAUUUGGGAUGAAGAUCUUGGAGUAGAACACUUCAAUGGGGAUAGGUAUAUGCAACUAGUGAGGAAACAUGGUCUAGAUAUAUCUCAGCCUGGUCUGGAGCCAAACAAUGGAUUGACAUGGCAGAUGACAAAAAGAAGAGGAGACAAAGAAGUUCACAAAGAUACAGAUGAGAAACCAGGCUGGUGCAGUGAUCCACAUCUUCCUCCCUGUGCAGCUUUUGUAGAAAUCAUGGCUCCUGUGUUCUCUCGAGCAGCAUGGCGAUGUGUUUGGCAUAUGAUUCAGAAUGACCUGGUGCAUGGAUGGGGAUUGGAUUUUGCUCUAAGAAGAUGUGUAGAGCCCGCUCAUCAAAAGAUUGGUGUUGUUGAUUCACAGUGGAUUAUUCAUCAAGUCAUCCCUUCUCUUGGGAAGCAGGGCCAGGUUGUAAAUGGUAAAAUUGCGUGGCAAGGGGUAAGAGAGAGAUGCCGAGGUGAAUGGGCGAUGUUCCAAGAUCGCCUGGCUAACGCCGAUAAGCGAUACUUCACGAAGCUUGGUUAAAUGUGUCUCGGCCAGGAUUUGUACAUGCAAUGGCGCUUUGGUUUUCGCACAUCGCCUGUUUCGGGGUGUACCUAAUUAUUCUGAACUACAUUAUCUUUUUUGUUUUGUUUUUUUUGUUUUGUUUUGUUUUUUUUUUUUUUUUUUUUUUUUUU